AUGGUGAAAUCUUGUGCAUUUCGGGGCGUCAAGGGCUCGCACCACAGCCUUGAAGGAUUAGGCAGGUCCCUGACUUCUUUUGAAGAAUAUGACCAGGCUCCAGGCACCGGUACCUCGAACGUGGCGGAUCCGCCCUCCAACAUCAAACAGAAACUAUUCCUUCCCAACAACAUGGACAGACAACGCAAGUGGGCUGAGAUCUUGGAGGACUAUGAUGUCGGCUGCUCCGUGCUGCCUCCUCUGCGCCGGCCGUGGGCUCAGCCAACACGGCCGGCCGAGGAGCGCAGCCACCUCCAGCCCUGGCGCUGCGCUCUUUCCUAUCCCGACUCCCUUGCCCCUGGCUCCCCGUGCAACCUGACUCCGAGCCCCGACUUCAGCACAGACCCCGAUGACGACACGGGCUCUACUUUCUGUAAGCCGCUAAUGAAAAUAACACGGGGCGGUGGAUACACGUGCUUCCAUGGGCGGAAGACAUUUUCACGGCCAUCACGUCUUAAAAUACACAAGAGGACACACACUGGCGAGAAGCCGUUCCUGUGCUCUGUGUGUGGGAAGACAUUUGCUCAGUCAUCACAUCUUCAUAUUCAUCAAAGAAAACACACGGGCGAAAAGCCAUUCCUGUGCCCUGUGUGUGGGAAGAAAUUUGCAAACUCAUCACAUCUUCAGAGUCAUCAGAGAACACACACGGGCCAGAAGCCAUUCCUGUGCCCUGUGUGUGGGAAGAAAUUUGCAAACUCAUCAAAUCUUCAGAGUCAUCAGAGAACACACACGGGCGAGAAGCCAUUCCUGUGCCCUGUGUGUGGGAAGACAUUUGCACAGUCAUCACAUCUUCAGAGUCAUCAGAGAACACACACGGGCGAGAAGCCAUUCCUGUGCCCUGUGUGUGGGAAGAAAUUUGCAAACUCAUCACAUCUUCAGAAUCAUCAGAGAACACACACGGGCGAGAAGCCAUUCCUGUGCCCUGUGUGUGGUAAGAAAUUUGCAAGGUCAUCACAUCUUCAGAGUCAUCAGAAAACACACACGGGCGACAAGCCAUUCCUGUGCCCUGUGUGUGGGAAGACAUUUGCACAGUCAUCACAUCUUCAGAGUCAUCAGAGAACACACACGGGCGAGAAGCCAUUCCUGUGCCCUGUGUGUGGGGAGGCAUUUGCACGGUCAUCAACCAUGAGCAGGCAUCAGCAGAGACGCUCUCCACACCCCCACGCACACGGAGACAAGAAGCCAUUCAAUUGCUCUGUGUGUGGGAAGUCAUUUUCAUGGCCAUCAGAUCUUCAGAGACACCAGAGAACACACACGGGCAAGAAGCCGUUCCUGUGCCCUGUGUGUGGGAAGGCAUUUGCACAAUCGUCAACUCUUCAAACUCAUCAGAGAACGCACACGGGCGAGAAGCCAUUCCUGUGCCCUGUGUGUGGGAAGGCAUUUGCACGGUCAUCAACUCUUCAAACUCAUCAGAGAACGCACACGGGCGAGAAGCCAUUCCUGUGCCCUGUGUGUGGGAAGGCAUUUGCACAAUCAUCAACUCUUCAAAACCAUCAGAGAACACACACGGGCGAGAAGCCAUUCCUGUGCCCUGUGUGUGGGAAGGCAUUUUCACAGUCGUCAAAUCUUAGCACGCAUCAGAAGGUCCUCUUCUUUUACUCGCCUGGUUGGUGCCGCGGGACGCAGCGUCUCAUCCGACUGGCGUUGCAGCAGCUGGGUGAUGGCAUCCGUGAGUUUGUCAACUUUCUCUUCAAGUUGAGGCCGUCUCCCUCGUGGUCUCCUGCCUCUGGGCGUGAUCCACAGCCACACGCACACGGAGACAAGAAGCCAUUCAAUUGCUCUGUGUGUGGGAAGUCCUUUUCAUGGCCAUCAGAUCUUCAGAGACACCAGAGAACACACACGGGCGAGAAGCCAUUCCUGUGCCCUGUGUGCGGGAAGACAUUUGCACAAUCGACAACUCUUCAAACUCAUCAGAGAACGCACACGGGCGAGAAGCCAUUCCUGUGCCCUGUGUGUGGGAAGACAUUUGCAGACUCAUCAACUCUUCAAACUCAUCAGAGAACACACACGGGCGAGAAGCCAUUCCUGUGCCCUGUGUGUGGGAAGGCAUUUGCACACUCAUCAACUCUUAAAGAUCAUAAGAGAACACACACGGGCGAGAAGCCAUUCCUGUGCUCUGUGUGUGGGAAGAAA